UCAGAGCCCGAGCUGCCCGAUGACGCCCGCCCACAGCACCCGCACAUCAGCAUCGCCGCGCGCAUCGCCAUGCCAUGGCACCCACCAGCCCCUGCCCCGCUUGCCAAGCCAUCUGGGGACUGCAUCGAUGUUGGUGACGAGGAGGAGGAUUACGAGGACGAGGAGGCCGACAACACGCCCCCGCAGCACCGCAGCACCAGCCACCCCACCCACAGCUGCACACGCCCCUCCAGUGCCGAUGCGCCCCACCCCCAGCCACAUGGCCCCACCGCCACCGGCAUAUGUGCCAUAUCAUGGCAUCAUUAUGCAGACGGGGGGGGCCCAUCAACCACGCCCGAGAGGCCCACUGGCGGCCCAGCGAGUGGACAGGGGAGUGGGAGUACUGGCAGCCAUACGAGGACUGCCAGCGCCGAGGCCUGUGGAUCGUGAGGUCCGCCACACAGGACCUUACCAUGCGCAGCUGGGCCGUCGUCACCGACGUCAUGGAGGGCGUAGAAAAGAUAGGAACGGGCAUCGCCAACGCCAUCGCAGGCCUGUUCGGGCAGUGAGGAGGAGAGAGGGGGGAAUGGCCUAAGAUAGAUAAGGCCGAGGGAGCAGAGCAGCAGCAACAGCAACAGCAGCUGUGAGAUGGAGAAGAGACACAGUUGGAGAUUACCGGACGGAGACAUGGUCUUGAUGAUGUGCGCAUGUGUGUGUGUGUGUGCCUUCUGCAGAUCGCUGCGUACAUUUUAUAUCCGACGGCCUCUUUUCUCUACAUUCCGUGUUGGCUGCCUUGUCGGCCCCGCUCGAGACAGCCGCUGUCGGUCCCGCGUAAGCAACACAACACCAACAGAAAGGGUGUCCCAUGCCUGUGUGUAUGGUGUGCUCUGUUCCUGCGUGUGUGUGCUGCUGCAGGUGACGAUGUGUGUGGGUGUGCCGGCCUAAGUACGUAAUGCGAGGAACCCCCUAACUCGACAUGCAAUACGCCAGUUCAGGUGAGAUGAGGACAGAGAGGAUCGCAUCGCGUGUCGACUCACACACAAGUGUGCUGCUGUGCUGGGUGCAGCUGGCUUUCUUUUUGCUCACUACUGCUCCAUCAAGAGGGCCCGCAUUUGCUCUGUUACGCUCCAUUUUGCAUGAGUGAGACAGUGGCGAGUGACGUGAAUAAAGUCGGCGUGUAUGGACGAGUACGUGUGCGCUGUGGCUGCUGCUGGG